AGGCGCUUUGCUGACUUAAACAAGGCCGUCUGCGAGAAGGCUGGGCUAGAGGCGGCUCGGCGUGACAGAGGUGCUGAGCCUGGGCUUGGGGCUCGAGCUGUGUGCGUCAGACGCCCUUGCUUCGUCCUUGCCUUUCCCCCUCUAGACGCCGUCGCCGUUAUGCUCUGCCGGCUGGUCUACCGGGGCAGACAUGGCCCUAAACUCGUUGCACCUCUUGGAUGCCUGGCUUCCAGGCAAAAGCACACACUUCCUGACUUGCCUUAUGAUUAUGGCGCCCUGGUACCCCACAUUAGUGCAGAAAUCAUGCAGCUUCACCACAGCAAGCAUCAUGCGACUUAUGUGAAUAAUUUGAAUGUUACAGAAGAAAAAUACAAAGAGGCCUUGGCAAAAGGUGAUGUUACAGCUCAGGUGUCUCUUCAGCCAGCUCUGAAGUUCAAUGGCGGAGGUCACAUCAAUCACUCUAUCUUCUGGACAAACCUUUCUCCAAAUGGUGGAGGGGAGCCUAAAGGGGAGUUAAUGGAUGCCAUUAAGCGAGAUUUUGGCUCCUUUGCAAACUUUAAGGAGAAAUUGACAGCUGCAUCCGUUGGUGUCCAAGGCUCAGGAUGGGGAUGGCUUGGUUUUAAUAAAGAACAAGGUCGAUUGCAGAUAGCUGCUUGUUCCAAUCAAGACCCUCUCCAAGGAACCACUGGUCUUGUUCCGCUGCUAGGGAUUGAUGUGUGGGAGCAUGCCUAUUAUCUGCAGUAUAAAAAUGUCAGACCUGACUAUCUCAAAGCUAUCUGGAACGUGAUCAACUGGGAAAACGUAUCUUCAAGAUAUGUAGUUAGCAAAUCAUAGAGGAAGACCUGUGAUGUUGCUUGGAUAAUUUUUUGCAGUAAUUUCUGACAGCUGACUUGCUAAUUGCUCCAUUGCUGAAAAUAUUCUAGCACAUCAAACACAAAAAAUGUUCACAGUCAAGCUAAAUGUUUGCCUGAAGUUUGGUAAGACUGUAAUUCUUGACAUGCUAGUUUUCUGUUUAAAGACAGAGAUCCUUUAUGCAGUGCUCUGAAAGAAUGUAGUUCUUAAAUAUCAGUAAGGGAUUAUGGCUAAAGUUUUCCUCAAUUGUGUGUCAGUUAUGAUUAGGCAUUCAAGUCUUUUCUUUGCAGUACAAAGAAGAACACUAAGUGUAUCAAUUCAGAAGCAAAUUACACGAAACAGUGGCAAGUACCUAUAUAAACUAGGUUUCACGAAAAGCUGGCUUCUGUGUUGAAGAGCAUGGCUAGCAGUGUUUAAACAAAAGGUAAUGCAUUGUAGUCUUCCCAGUGACAGGCAUUUGGCAAAUAACCACUAAUCACAACUGUAUUUGUACUAUAGGGUAGAGGUGCUACUUUUCAUAAAAUUGCUAUUUUUCCAAAGAGGAAAAAAUAUCCUUUACCAGUAGACGUUGGGUAACAAAGCUGAAGAAAUCAAUUGCACAAAUGUAUAGGAUAUUUGGUUUGGAAUAAAGAGUAUUUAAUGUCUUUUUUUGUCCUUAUGUUGUUGAAAAUGAGACCCAACCAUCCAUUGCAACUUCUUUAUGAUAGUAUUAUAAUGGUUGCUUAAAAAUAAAACCUUUUGGUAUUGGUCUAGUUGGCAAAUAUAUGGAAUUUCUGCCAUGCUUGUUGUGGCUGUCCACAACUGUAUGGUUUCUUUUUACUGUAUACGAUAAAGUAUGCUGUUAGUGUAAUGGACUUUCAGGUGUACUAGGUACAACUGACACUUGAAAACCAAGGCUUGGCUGCAACGUUGGCUGCUGUGAUUAUGAGAAGUAUACAACAUGGAGAUGUAGUCUAACACCUUGUACAAGUGAUAGCAUUGAGCAAAGUUAAUUAUGUAAAGCAACAGCCUGAAUGUGGCUAUAUCUGCUUUGUAUGGUUCAGAGUUACAAGAACGGAAAACAUGGAGAGAGAGAGAGAGCGGGCCCAUAGAAUCACCAAGAGUCGGACACAGCUGAAUGGCUAACAACAACAACAGUGGUUCAGAGGAGCGUUCCUGGGGUGAAAUCCAGGGUGGGUCUGGCCUACCUUUAAAGCAUGUGCCCAUCCAGACUAGUUUUAUCUUUAUGUCUUCUUUUACCUGUGCUACACUAACAGAAAACAAUAGAAAUAUGUAAAAAUUAAAUGUCAGGGGUUUAAAAUGUUAUUUUAAUAAAAUGUUUUAUUUUUGUGGCACAUUGUACUAGUUUGGAUUAUAAUAGGUUGAAAGUACCCUUGUAUAAUCUGGGUCAGCCUGCUUCAAAAUUUAGAAUUCCGUUCCUGAGUUCCUAAUCUUUGUUUCCCCCUCAGUAAUGUACAUAAGAGUAUAUGUGUAAAUGGCCCAGUAAAUUACUAGAAUGGAUGGCUCUUAAUUGAAGGUCAUAGGUAAAGGAGACCAUUUGGUAGGUUUAAAAAGGCAGAUGAGAAGAAGUCAAUCCUAUGUAAAAUAUUCCUCCCAUUAUGUAAAAUUGCGGCCUUCUGCCUUUUAGUCAGUAAGAGAUUUGAUGAAGGGUGAGUCAUCCAGGAAGUUGCAGAGUGUUCUUUUAAAUGCACUGUCACUCUCCAUGGAAGGAGCUUGCAGCUGGGAGGAAUUCCUGUAUCCAGCUUUUCUUUUAGGUUUUCUAGCUGGACCAGGACCAAGUUUUGCUAAUGGUGACUGAGACAACAGCUGCCCUUUCUGGUUGGCUGAGUCCUCACUGCUGAUUUGUAUGUUGUGAAAAAUUCCCCAUCUGAUUUCUGUAGUCUAGAUGACCUAGUAGUAUGGCUACCAAGCUCAGGGUGUGGCCUAUAUUUCUCCCAAAAUUAGAACUGCCUCCAGACUACAUAAAUCUGUUGCUGUGGAGGAAAUGGCAGUUUCUUAGGGUGGACUCUGCGGCACUGGCAUCCCCAAUGAAUUCCCAGCCUUCAAAUGUUGCCCUCCCUAGGAAUUUCCUGUGAGUCUCCAGGAAUUCCCUAAGCCAGAGUUGGCAACCCUAACCAUGAAGGACAGUACAGAAAUGUAGUUGCUCAUCAGUGAUCUGGAGGUGCCUGCUGGGAACACGUUACCCUGAUUCUCCAGGAGUUCUGUUACCUCAUAGUUUGGUUUCUGGAUCAGAUUCAUAGAGCUAUUUUUGACCUUUAAAACCUUAAAUUGCCUGUGACAUACCUGAGGGGGGAUGUCUUCCCUUAUGAAAUAUGCUACCCCCCACCCUUAGUUGAAAAAAAGUAAGGUAGGUUAUGUAUGUUGUUGCUUACCAGAAGUGGUGGCUGCUUGGUGGAGACUCCUGCAUUGUAGCAUUUCCUCCUGAGAGAAACCUGUCACAUCUGUACACUUGGCUCUUGCAAAAAAGUACCCAAACCCUUAUUGAGUGGGGGAGGGGGCUGUGGCUCAGUGGUAGAGCAUCUGCUUUGCAUGUAGAAAGUCCCAAGUUCGGCCCCUGGCAUUUCCAUAUAAAGGUGUGGGGGGGGGGCAGGGGGUGUUGUGAAAGACCUCUUCCUGAGA